GCAGCGCGCGGCUCCCCCCCCUCCCGCCAUUGUGCCGGGGAGCGCGUGCGGCGGCGGCGGGCUCGGGGCCAUAGACACGGCGGGGCUAGAGGAGACGAGAGAGGGGCGGGCGGCGGCCUAGAGCGUCGCACCCGCCGCGGAGUACACCGCAAGUCCGCCAAGGCAGCCUCAAGCAGCUCCCUCGGUUCCGCGCCCGGACAAAGCCGCCGCCGCUGCCGCCGCCCCGCCCCGCCGCGGAGCCAUGUCGGCCAGCAGCCUCCUGGAGCAGAGACCCAAGGGCCAAGGCAGCAAAGUGCAAAACGGAGCCGUGCACCAGAAGGAUGGGUUAAAUGAUGAUGACUUUGAGCCCUACCUGAGCCCCCAGGCGCGGCCGAAUAAUGCAUACACUGCAAUGUCUGAUUCCUACUUACCAAACUACUACAGUCCUUCCAUCGGAUUCUCCUACUCCUUAGGUGAAGCUGCCUGGUCUACGGGGGGUGACCCACCCAUGCCCUACCUAACCUCUUACGGACAGCUGAGCAAUGGGGAGCCUCACUUCCUCCCAGAUGCAAUGUUUGGGCAGCCAGGGGCUCUUGGCAGCACUCCAUUUCUUGGGCAGCACGGCUUUAACUUCUUUCCAAGUGGGAUUGACUUUUCGGCUUGGGGGAAUAACAGUUCUCAGGGACAAUCCACUCAAAGCUCUGGCUAUAGCAGCAAUUACGCCUAUGCCCCGAGCUCGCUGGGGGGAGCCAUGAUUGACGGGCAGUCAGCUUUUGCUAAUGAGACUCUGAACAAGGCUCCUGGCAUGAACACCAUCGACCAAGGGAUGGCAGCUCUGAAGCUGGGCAGCACAGACGUUGCAAGCAGCGUCCCCAAAGUCGUGGGUUCUGCUGUCGGGAGCGGAUCUAUCACCAGUAAUAUCGUGGCAUCCAACAGUUUGCCUCCGGCUACGAUCGCUCCUCCAAAGCCAACCUCCUGGGCUGACAUCGCCAGCAAACCAGCUAAGCAGCAGCCCAAGCUGAAGACCAAGAACGGCAUCGCUGGUUCAAGCCUUCCACCGCCUCCAAUAAAACAUAACAUGGAUAUUGGAACUUGGGAUAACAAAGGCCCGGUGGCAAAAGCCCCGUCGCAGGCCUUAGUUCCCAAUAUGGCUCAGCAGCCAGCCCAGGUGUCCCCCCAGCCCGUGGGGCAGCAGAUCACCCCCAGCCCACCAGUGGCACCGGCCUGCAGUGGGCAGCAGCCCCAGCCCCUGCCUGUGCCGCAGCCUCAGCUGCCGGUGCCGCCGCCGGCGGCUCAGCCCACCCGCUGGGUCGCCCCUCGGAACCGUGGCAGUGGCUUUGGUCAGAACGGGGUGGACGGUAACGGUGUGGGACAGUCUCAGGCCACUUCUGGUUCUGCUCCUUCUGAACCUCACCCGGUUUUGGAGAAGUUGAGGUCCAUCAACAACUACAACCCCAAGGAUUUUGACUGGAACCCAAAACACGGCCGGGUUUUCAUCAUUAAGAGUUACUCGGAGGACGAUAUCCACCGCUCCAUUAAAUACAACAUCUGGUGCAGCACAGAGCACGGCAACAAGAGACUGGAUGCUGCCUAUCGCUCCAUGAACGGGAAGGGCCCCGUUUACUUACUGUUCAGUGUCAACGGUAGUGGUCACUUCUGCGGAGUAGCAGAAAUGAAAUCUGCUGUGGACUACAACACGUGUGCGGGUGUGUGGUCCCAGGACAAGUGGAAGGGACGUUUUGAUGUCAGGUGGAUUUUUGUGAAGGACGUUCCCAACAGCCAACUGCGGCACAUCCGCCUAGAGAACAACGAGAACAAACCAGUGACCAACUCCAGGGACACUCAGGAGGUGCCUCUGGAAAAGGCUAAGCAGGUGUUGAAAAUCAUUGCUACCUACAAGCACACCACCUCCAUCUUCGAUGACUUCUCACACUAUGAGAAACGCCAGGAGGAGGAGGAAAAUGUUAAAAAGGAACGCCAAGGCCGGGUCAAGUAAAGGGCCGUUGCCUCCCCCAGAGACUGCAGCAGAGAUUGCAUCCCAGCUACCUGUCAGAGAGAGAAAGAAUGAGCAAAACAGAGCCCAGAGAGAAUUAGGACUUUUUUGUUUUGUCUUAAUUUCAUUGACUUCAAAAAGACUCUUUCCAAACUUUCAGUUGAAAAGGAAAAAAAACAAAAAAAAAACCACAAAAAAAAAAAAAACACAUUGGAAUUUCACCAGACAUAGGACUUAAAAAGAAAAAAAAACACAAAAAGGACAAAAAAAAUCCCUUCUAGGUAGAGUAGAGGUAAAAACCUGUCCCUUUUCUUUUGGCUUUGGUUGUGAUUUCCAAGCAUCCGCUUUGGGUUUUGUCUUUUUACUAUGUUGUUUUGGGGUUUUCAAGGCCAGAAGUGGCGUCUGCCUUUUGGUUUCCUCUCUCAUUUUUAAGCCCCGACGCUUCCCUUCCACCCCCUUUGCGCCUCCUUCCCCUGGUUCUGACAUUUGCACUUGGGACACCAGUUGGAACAUCCACCGCUGCGAGUGGAAUAACGUUUGUUCUUUCUUUUCCCCCCAUCCCAACCCUGGCCUGGAAGAGGAGGAAUCCAGCAAGGAAGUCGGGGGUUUGGCCUAAGAAGAAUUGAAGAGCAAUUGUCCACGAGGUUGUGUCUUAAAGGUGGUUCAUUUUCUCCUUUGUUACUCAAAAGUCAAGUCUUCGGAGUCCUCAGCAAUGUUCUGUUCUUGUGCAUUAUACAGAUGAAGUCUGGAUUACUUUGAGUUUUGGAAGCUGAGACCAGUGGUAAAAACUUGUUUUGGUUACAGGAAAAUGAAUUUUGGACACACACAAAAGCAGAAGAACUAUUGUAAACUGUGUAGUGAAAUCUGUUCCUUGAGUUUCUUGUUCAGCCGAUGAGGAAUGGGCAUUGCCUUUCUUUUCACCAUUAAUCACUUCUCAAUAAUAAACGUGAGAUCCUGUUGAGCAUCA